GGAACCAUUGUUUCGUUGACAAAACAGGGGACCAAUACGUUUGACGGACCAAUAUGGAGGCCAAACAUUGCUAAUGCUAAACAAGUGAAACGAAUGUGUUUAAUUCAUCUGUAAUAUAUUGUUUUUUUCACGAGCUAACGUUCACAACAAAUUAAGAACAAUUGAUCAGUGCCUUCGGUUUUCAUGGCAACAUUUUCAGUAUAGUUUAAGGGUCAACAACGGACAUAAAGGUUAGCUUGUUAGCUAGUUGAGUUAGCUUCCACUGUCAACACGUUAGAAAGCUAACAGGCAAUCAUGUGGGGUGAAAUAGACCCUCCAGUUAAAACGCAACCUCGUUUAAUUGAGAGUGAAGACGAGAGUGAAUUACCGGAUGAAAAUGUGGUCACAUUUUCCCAGAUAUGUGGCUUUCACCGCCCCGCAGACACACAUCAACAUCAUCAACAACAACAACAACAACAACAACAACAACAACAACGAGACACACAGGUGAGAAAUCAGCAGUGUUGCCUUUUUUCGUUUAUCAUCUUACUCACUGAGUGUCUACUUGUCACACAGCCCGUGAGCCAAGCUGAGUCCACUUGUGUGAAUGACAUGGUGGAAGCCAUAGCCAGGAGUGGCAGCUCAGUGAAGAGCCAGCAGAAAGGAGACGCUGAGCUGACCCUGGAGCAGCGCAGAGAAGAGCUCCUGCAGCAGUACAGGAGCAGACCGCUGGUGUUCCUGGAGAGAUACCAUGUGUGCCUCAAGCCCCCGAACCUGUCAGCAUUUGCCCACGUCAUCUCAGAUCCACGAGUUCUACAUUACAGCAAAGUGAUAGAGAGAAGAGCUGCAGCAUUCACCAACAGGACGAGGGUUCGAAACCAGCGCUAUGCUGCUCUCAGGGCCCUGCAGGAGGGCGGAGAGUAUUUUAGUGAGGAACAGAUGCGGAUAAGGGAGCCACUACUGUAUGAACAAUAUAUCGGCCAGUACCUGACUGAUGAGGAGGUGCUGGUGCGCUCCCAGGAGUCCAUGCAGGACACUGCACAGGGGGAGCCGGAGGCUCCAGCAGGAAGCAAAGGGGGGCUCGCACAACUCCUCCUCAACUCCUACCAGGAGCGUCUGAUCCAGGAUCGCCUGCAGAGAGAGCAGGAGAGAGAGGACGGAGCGCGGGAGGAGGAGGAGGAGGAUGAGGAAGAUGUUAACACCGCCCAGCAGAAGGACUGGGAGCCCACGGCCGAGGAGAAGGCUCUGCUCAGGGAGGAGUUUAUCGGUCAGAUGCACCAGCGCUUCCUGGAUGGCAAAGACAAGGAUAUCAACUACAGUGAGGUGGACGAGAACCCAGACUACGACAACUUGGACAUCGUCACCAGAGAUGAGGAGGAUAAAUACUUUGAUGAAGAUGAUGAUGAUGAAGAGGAGGAAGAGAUGGAAAAUGACGAAGAUGAAGAAAACAUGACAGAAUAGUGGAUGUAUAAGCACUCACUACACUGAGUGAUCUGUAAAUACAAAUGUAGGAAAAAAUGAUAAGCAUUCUAUUGGUUUGUCUAACACGUGAAUGCCAACAUGGCUGGUCAUAACUAUGAGUAUUGUUUUUUAAAUAAAUCCCUGAAUGAAAGACUGUA